AUUAACUUAUUAUAAACCGGAAAUGCCAAUAAACUCCACCAACCCAGCCAACAUGAAAUCUGCCAUUUGUGGACCGUAUAACACAGUACCCACAAUUUGGCAUAUGAUUUGUUACCAUAAAUUCUUGUCCCCUUGCUUAAUAUUUGUCAUCUCAAAAACCCCAUUUGCAAUUCGGGCUGACGCGGAAUUUCCUUUGACCCGACCCGUUUUCCUCCCACUGAAUUUGGGGUCAUGCAGCAAUCAUUGCUUGUUUCUGUUCCAGAGGAAAUAAUGGAUGAAGCGCCACCAAAGUCAGUAUGGCAAUAUAUAUCAGCUUAUUGGACCAUGCUUUGCGAAAUGUAUUACAGCAAACCAAUUUCACACUGGAUUCUUCUGUUUCUAAGUAGCAUGGGGAUGCUUGUUGCAUUCCCCGCUUCUAGUCUCUUGUCCCGUAUAUAUUUUGCAAAUGGUGGAAAGAGCAAGUGGAUAAUUUCAUGGGUUUCAGUUGCAGGAUGGCCUCUAAUCGCGAUAGUCCUAAUUCCUUCGUACUUCUUUCUUAAAAUGUUCCCGACGCCACUUGACUUAAAACUUACUUUAUCUUAUGUUGUAUUGGGAUUCUUGACUGCUGCCGAUAACCUCAUGUAUGCAUAUGCCUACGCCUACCUGCCAGCAUCAACUGCUGCUCUUGUAGCCUCGACUUCACUGGUGUUUUCUGCACUAUUCGGAUAUCUUCUCGUGAAAAAUACUAUGAAUCUAUCAAUUAUAAAUUCAAUCGUGAUCAUUACUGCUGCCAUGACGAUCAUUGCUCUUGAUUCUAGUUCAGACAGGUAUGGAUAUAUCACCAACCGUCAGUACAUUAUGGGUUUCGUGUGGGAUAUACUGGGAUCUGCACUACAUGGCCUUAUUUUCGCCUUGUCUGAGUUAGUUUUCGUCAAGUUACUUGGUAAAAGGUCCUUCCUUGUUGUUCUUGAGCAGCAACUCAUGGUUUCCCUAUUCGGCUUUAUAUUUACAACAAUCGGACUCGUUGUGAGUGACGGUUUCCAUGGGAUGAAAUACGAGGCAACUACAUUCGAGGGUGGGGAAAACGCGUAUUACUCAGUUAUUAUUUGGGGGAUUAUCACUUUCCAGUUGGGAGUCUUGGGAGCCACCGCAGUUGUUUUCCUCUCCUCCACUGUCAUGGCUGGUGUACUUAACGCGGUAAGAGUGCCAAUUACUAGCGUUGCAGCCGUGAUAUUGUUGCAUGAUCCUAUGAGCGGUUUCAAGAUCCUCUCGUUGAUUAUUACAUUCUGGGGAUUUGGCUCUUACAUUUACGGCAGCUAUAGCCCGGUUAAAAAGGAUGCCUCGGGAUCUAUUUCUUAGUUUUCGCGCUGUCUCCAUUGAUAUAGUAAGAUUAGAGAUCACAAAGUAUAUGUAUAUGUAUUAGUAGGUUCAGUUGAAAUGGAACAACCAUUACUACAACUGCAGGCAAAAUGAAGUCGAAAGUUAUAUUGGUCGGACUCUUCAAAAAUGCCAAGGAGGGUGUGUGGGAUUGUCUAGUAGUACAUUUUUAGAGGAUCUGACACGAGUACCGACAUAAGGAAGCAAAGAAGUUGGAACUUUACUGAAAAAGAGUUCCGUUGCCGGGACUUGAACCCGGGUCUCUCGGGUGAGAGCCGAGUAUCCUAACCAACUAGACUACAACGGAUUAAUGAAGAAAUUUGCCAUGUGUUUUUAUGUUAUUUUAUUUUUUGGCAAUCUUGUAAUAUUUUAUUAAGAAAAUAUCAUAUUAUAAUGUCAUAAGAACCAUAUACUCUUAGUUGAAUAUUUCAACUUAUAAAAUAAUUAGCUAGACACCUUCAGAUUUA